AUGAAGCUCUCCCUCCUCCCCCUCUCCUUCCUCCUUUUUCCCCUGGCCCUAUCCCAGGAGAUCUACCCCAAUAUCCCCGAAAGAGACACCUGCGUUGCCAGAUGCAACAUGGGCGACUUCUGCUGCGUUGCACAAUGCCACGACCUUCUCUGCGGUAACAUCCACAACACCAACGACGCCAUCCGCUGCAUGACCGGCUGUCCAGUUGGAGUCGGCACACCAGAGCAAGUCAUCACUCUAUCUAGGUGUCGCGAGGACUGUAUCAUGAACAAUUACUCCUCAUCCUCAACCUCAACCUCAACAUGGACGUCGGCGUCGUCGACUAGCACUGCUAGUUCUACUUCCUCUUCCACAUAUUCCGCGACGAGUACCUACAGUUCCAGUUCCAGUACUAGCACCAGUACCAGCACGUCCACCGGCGCAGCUAGCACCACGUCCUCCUCGUCUGCCAGUGGUAUGUGUAUGUUCUUGCUUUUUGUGGCCGGCAUGUUAUUCUGA